CACAAAUAAAUAAAUUAAUUAAUUAAAUUAAUAAAUAAAUAUAUAUAUAAAUCAAAAUGUCAGAUGAUUGGAAAUCAGGUUUAUUUGGUUGUCUCGGUGAAGACCAAAUGUUAACUCCAACUUGUUGUGCUUCAUUCUUAUUCCCACAAGCUCAAUUAUUAUACAACAUGAGAACUUUAAGCGGUCACCAAUUAGGUCCAGAAGAUUUCUUACUUACCUGUUGUUGUUUCCCAUGCAUGCAAUUCAUUAAAAGAAGAGAAAUCCAAACUAAAUAUGAAUUCAAAAACAAAGAUAAAAAUCUCCCAAUGGAUAUUUUAGUUGCCUGUUGUUGCCAACAAUGUGGUGUCCAACAACAAUCAAUUGAACUUGCCCCAUCGUGCCCAACAACCCAUAGAAGGAAUGAUUUAAACAAAAUCAUAGAAAUAGAAAAUAUUUUAAAACUAAGUGAUGAAAUAACCAAAAUAGCAAAUAAAAAUAUAAAGGUUUAUACUGAUAUAAAUAGUAAUAGAAAAAGUAAUGGUAAUAUUAAUAGCAACGGUAGUAGUGGUAAUUGUAUAAAAACAAGAGGAAAAGAUUUUAAAAAAGUAAAUAAAUAUGGAAAAAAUAUUUUAAAAGGUUUUAAAAGAAUUGAUAAGUUUAAUUACUAUCAUUCUAAAGUUUCAAAAUGUAAAUUGUACUAUAAAAUUUCAAACUUAAUCCAAAAAAACAAAAAAUUAAAGAUGCAAAAAAUUUAA